AUGUCACAAUUCAACUUUAAUUUCAAAAACUUUGGGCCUAACGAUAAUUUCUUCAGACAAAUUUCGUUCAAUAAUCCAAGCCCUUUGAACUCCAAACGGUCAGUUUCGAAUAAUUCGCAAAAAUUAUCAUCAAGAAAAUCGUCAAGGAAACUAAAAGAAAAUCAAGGGACAGAAAAUAUAAAUAGUUUAAAUAGUUCGAGGGCUUCAUCUUCAAGAAAACGCUUUUAUUGUGAAUAUGAAAAAGAUUUCCCCAAUUCCUUCGCAUUGAAGCCAAAUUUUUAUAUUGAUCAACUCUUUAAUAAAAAAGUCCGUCAAACCAUCACAUUGCAGCAGAAAAUAAACCAAAACCGUCUUAAACCGCGUCAAAUCCACAAAGACAAACAGAAGCCAGAGAUCCCAACACUCAAAGAUUCAGCAGAAUUUAAUUCUGCUUUAUCUAUUAAAAGGCUUUUAAAUAUCAGCCACAAUAAUGAGCAGUUAAAAUUAAAGAGCUUAAUAACGAGAAGAACUUCAUUAGAAAGCCGAACGGAUUUAGAAAAAACUUAUGAUGAAAGCAUUAUAAAGGUUAGGCAAUGCACAACUCAUAGGGUUUUAAGGCCACGGUCGGUCCCGAGAAAAAUAAUGUCAAGAUCUCAAGCGAUUUCUGAGUGUCAGACUGAUGAUAGUGAUGACGAUAUUAUAAAUGAAAUUCCGAAAGAAAUACCAAUUAUGGAGCAUGAGAGCUGCGAAGAAGAGAGCCCAGUGCGUCACUUAAAAUGUGUAUAA